GACGCGAACCCGCGACCUGCUGCACCGCUACUCCACAGAUCCACGCCGGGCGGUGCUAGGCGGCGCCAUGGCGCAGGCCGCGGCCACCACCUCGCCGGACCUGGGCCACCGCGACGGCAACGACGGCCUGGACAGCGUGGACGGCGGCGACCAGGAGGAGUACCUGUUCGACCGCGCCGACGUGCGCGCCAUCUUCAUCUGCCUGUACACGGUCGUGUUCGUCAUCUGCUUCCUCGGCAACCUGCUCGUCAUCGUGGUGGUCUCCGUGUCGCGGCGGAUGCGCUCCCGCACGCACCUGUUCCUGGUGAACCUCGCCGCCGCCGACCUGUGCGUCGGCAUCUUCUGCGUGUACCAGAACCUGUCCAUCUACCUGGUGCAGAGCUGGGUGCUGGGCGACGUGGUCUGCAAGCUGUACCACCUGGUGCACAACCUGAGCUACACGGCGUCCAUCUUCGUGCUGGUGCUGCUGGCCGUGGAGCGCUACCUGGCCGUGCUGCACCCCAUCAAGUGCCGCACCAUCCUGCGGCCCGCGCGCCUCAAGGCGGCCGUGGCCUGCGUCUGGCUGGCGGCCGCGGGGCUCAGCGCGUCCAGGCUCUUCUGGGCGCAGACCGUCACCGUCGACCUGCCGGGGCUGUUCCAGGAGAUCAUCUGCAUCUCCAACCGCCACAAGUACGACCAGAAGCUGUGGGACGUGACUAGCUUCGUGCUGCUGUACCUGGUGCCGCUCGGCGUGAUGGCCUUCUUGUACGCGCGCAUCGCCGUGGUGCUCUGGGGCUCCGGCCGGCCCCUCGGCCUGCACCAGCAGCAGCACCAGCCCCGGGUGCGCCGCGGCGUCGUCAAGCUCACCGUCACCGUGGUGGGCGUGUUCGCGCUGUGCCACCUGCCGCUGCACGCGCGCCGCCUGUGGCAGCACUGGUCGCCGCUGUACCGCGGCCCGUCCACCUUCUCGGCCGUCUUCACGCCCGCCACGUUCCUGGUGGCGUACGCCAACUCGGCCGCCAACCCCAUCCUGUACGCGCUGCUGUCCCGGAACUUCCGGUCGGGCGUGCGCGACGUGCUGGGCCUCAUCCCGUUCCGCCUGCGCAGCCGGAGCGGCGGCGACAGCAGCGGCAGCAGGAACAACCCGGCCCUGGAGCAGGACGAGGAGGCGUAG